AUGCCCAGCCGAGCACAGAUGGAAGAAUCUAGCCCUCGUGACCCCUCGGAUAUACCCUCUGGUGAGAUGCCGCCCCCUCCCACGCCUAAACUCAUCCCGACAGCCCCCGUCGCCUCCACCUCCCCCACUUCCUUCGCUGCUUCGUCAGCCCCACCGGCUAAAAACCUCAGCACUAAUGCAAAAAUACAAGACCAAGUGAAGGUGGUGAUCAACGACUUGGCCAAGAAACUGCACGUUCCACCAUCUGCAGUGAUUGCGAUGGUCGUGGGGUUCAUUCUCUUCAUCCUUCUCAUUCUCUACUGCUUGUGCAAGCGUGGCCUCAUUAAACGACGCAGGAAAGAAAAGGCGAGCAAGAAGAAGGUCGACAUGAAAAGCGUCCAGUUGCUAGGGAAACAGCUGGGAAAGGAUCAAGGUGAUUUGGAGGCGCUGGAAGAAAAUAUGGAGGACAAUGAGGGCGUGACGGAGAAGGAGAAGCAGAAUUUGGGAAAACUGCAGUUCUCCCUUGAUUACGAUUUCACCAAAGGCGAGUUGACUGUCGGCGUGAUUCAGGCCACCGAUCUACCAGGAAUGGACAUGUCAGGAACCUCGGAUCCCUACGUGAAGGUGUAUCUCAUGCCUGAGAAAAAAAAAUUCGAGACAAAGGUCCACAGAAAGACCCUGAAUCCCGUCUUCAAUGAAACCUUCCUCUUCAAGGUUCCGUACGCAGAAGUUGCAGGCAAAACAAUACGAUUCAAUGUCUUCGACUUCGACAGGUUCUCGAAGCACGACCAGAUCGGCCAGAUCGUUGUUCCACUGGGUUCCGUCGACUUGGCGCGCGUCAUUGAGGAAUGGCGUGACCUCCUACCACCUGAUGAUGACGAGAAGGAAAACAAACUCGGCGACAUCUGUUUCUCUUUGCGGUACGUACCAACUGCUGGUAAGCUGACCGUGAAUAUUUUGGAGGCGAAGAAUUUGAAGAAGAUGGACGUUGGUGGCCUGUCGGAUCCCUACGUCAAGUUGUCUCUCAUGCUUGGUGGUAAACGGAUCAAGAAGAAAAAGACCACAAUUAAGAAGUGUACACUCAAUCCCUACUACAACGAGUCCUUCGCCUUCGAAAUUCCAUUUGAACAUAUUCAGAAAGUGACUUUGAUAGUCACGGUGGUUGAUUACGAUCGAAUCGGCACCUCAGAGGCGAUUGGUCGAGUUGUUCUGGGCUGUAAUGCUCAGGGAGCCGGCCUCCGUCAUUGGUCAGACAUGCUGGCCAAUCCGCGUCGACCAAUUGCACAAUGGCACACCCUACAGGAGAUGCCGGAAAAAGGCUAG